AUGAUAGCUUUUCUCAGUAAUGAAAGAAUAAAUCCCAAUUAUCCUCUCUCUCUCUCUCUCUCUCUCUCUCUCUCUCUCUCUCUCUCUCUCUCUCUCUCUCUCUCUCUCUCUCUCUCUCUCUCUCUCUCUCUCUCUCUCUCUCUCUCUCUCUCUCUCUCUCUCUCUCUAUUUCUGUCCAUUUCAGGGAUUCACUACCGCAAGUCCUGCGCCUCAUCUGGAGCUUGUCUGAUUGCUUCCUCUGGCUACCAGCAGUUUUGUACCAGCAAGCUCAACUCGGUGUGCAUCACCUGCUGUAACACACCGCUGUGUAAUGGACCACGCCAGAAGAGGCGACCCCAACAGUCCGCUGCCAUCACUCUGACAACGCCACUGCUCCCUGUAUUUUCUGUCUACAUCCUCCUACUCCCCCUCACCCUCUGCUGACAGACCUUCACAUGGGCCAUCAACAAACAAAGUUCCGGUGCUGACAAUACAGAAGAAAUGAACCAGAACUGUUUAGGCUGAGAUGUACACUUUGAAAUGUAUAUUCUAUGAGGCAUGUUGAAGCUUUUUACAGUAUUUGUGUUCUUUCUUCCCAGGCUUUUUGUCGCAGCUUGCCUUCAGAGUUCCAUUAUCACACAGCACUGGAAGUUUCUAUCCUCACGCUCACAGCUUACAAGUGCAGUUGGGUAAGGUGAGGAGGAAAAG